CUCUGUCCAGUCCACAACGCUCUCUACAGCUCUAUCCAGUCCACACUGCUCUCUACAGCUCUGUCCAGUCCACAACGCUCUCUACAGCUGCUCCCAGUCCACACUGCUCUCUACAGCUCUGUCCAGUCCACAACGCUCUCUACAGCUCUAUCCAGUCCACACUGCUCUCUACAGCUCUGUCCAGUCCACAACGCUCUCUACAGCUCUAUCCAGUCCACACCGCUCUCUACAGCUCUGUCCAGUCCACAACGCUCUCUACAGCUCUAUCCAGUCCACACCGCUCUCACCAGCUCCAGGGGAAAGAGACUGGUAUAGUCUCUCCUCUCUACAAAGAUGAACCUCUUCUGCUUCUCUCUGGUAAGGCUCAACUUUCUUUUUCUACUUCUCCUCAGUGUAGGGGUUCUCUCUCUCUCAGACGUGUCUGUGUGUUGAGGAGGGGCUGAUGUGUUUCCUAAAAGUAGCUCCCCCCCAGCAGUCCCAGCAGUCCCCGCCCCCUCAAAAAAGUAUAUGAACAGGUCAUAAGCCAUGAUUGCUUUCUUUUUUUAUGACAGGAAAUUAACUUUAAAACUGCACAUUUUUCUCUCUGCCCCUUGGACCUUGCGCUACGCCACUGGAGAGGCAUGACUUGAUUUGGUGGUGGAUUUGAGUCCAGCGGGACACAAACGGACUAGGAUUUCUGUAGGGCUUUACUUCAGUGUCUUUUGAUGAAUUUUAUGGUGCUAUAAAAUCUCCUUUUAAAAUGGCUGUUGUAGUCUUUGGAAGCAGUGCAAUUGUGUUUUCUACUGUAAGUUUCUGUGAUUGUGUAUGGAAGCAACUAAGUGAUGCUAUUACAGUACUAUUACACUAGAGAGUAGCUUUGACGUGUGGUUUUUGGAAUGACCCAUAUAUGGGAGAUUUCAUAGAUUCAUAGAAAGUAAAUAAAUCACAAGCACAACUGUAUUAGAGGAGUAUAUAGCUGUAGCCUACCAAGUCCUCUCCUUAGCCAGAUGUUGGGGAUGUUGAACAUAAUUAUUAUUGACCGACUUGUCCUCAGAACUGAUCCAAGAGCAGCAGUUUGAUGAAGCGUGAUUGCUGCUUCAGGCUUUUGAUUGCAGCUUUGUUAUUUCUGUUGUUAUUCACCAUCACGUGUCAGGAUCUACUACGGAAUAGUUCACAAUACAUUGUAGUGGUCCAGAUGUAAUCUACAGGUGCUGCUGACAGAUUAUGUAUUUUUACACUGAAUUAAAAUAUAAACGCAACAUGCAACAAUUUCAUAGAUUUUACUGAGUUACAGUUAAUAUAAGGAAAUCAGCAAUUGAAAUAAAUUCAUUAGACCCUAAUCUAUGGAUUUCACAUGACUGGGAAUACAGAUAUGCAGCUGUUGGUCACAGAUACCUUAAAAAGAAAGUAGGGGCGUGGAUCAGAAAACCAGUCAGUAUCUGGUGUGACCACCAUUUGCCUCAUGCAGGGCGACAAAUCUCCUUCGCAUAGACUUAAUUGAUUGUUGAUUGUGGCCUGUGGAAUGUUGUCCCACUCCUCUUCAAUGGCUGUGCGAAGUUGCUGGAUAUUGCCGGGAACUGGAACACGCAGUCAUACAAAUCAAUCCAGAGCAUCCCAAACAUGCUCAAUGGGUGACAUGUCUGGUGAGUAUGCAUGCCAUGGAAGAACUGGGACAUUUUCAGCUUCCAGAAAUUGUGUACAGAUCCUUGCGACAUGGGGCCAUGCAUUAUCAUGCUGAAACAUGAGGUGAUGGUGGCAGAUGAAUAGCACGACAAUGGGCACAGUAUAUCUGUGCAUUUUAAUUGCCAUCGAUACAAUGCAAUUGUGUUUGUUGUCCGUAGCUUAUGCCUGCCCAUACCAUAACCCCACCGCCACCAUGGGGCACUCUGUUCACAACGUUGACAUCAACAAAGCACUCGCCCACACGACUUUCCCGGAUGUGGAGGUCCUGGGCUGGCGUGGUUAGACGUGGUCUGCGAUUGUGGCAUUGUGUUGUGUGGCAAAACUGCACAUUUUGGAGUGCCCUUUUAUUGUCCACCGCACAAGGUGCACCUGUGUAAGGAUCAUGCUGUUUAAUCAGCUUCUUUAUAUGUCACACCUGUCAGGUGGAUGUAUUACAGUAUAUUGGCAAAGGAGAAAUGCUCACUAACAGGGAUGCAAACAAAUUUGUGCACAACAUUUGAGAAAAAUAAGCUUUUUGUGCAAAUGGAACAUUUCUGGGAUAUUUUAUUUCAGCUGAUGAAACAUGGGACCAACAACACUUUACAUGUUGCGUUUAUGUUUUUGUUCAGUGUAGAAAGAAUCCAAUCAAGAGAUGGUAAUCCAUAGAGAUAUCUGAUCAAAUCUUAUCAACCUUCCCCAAGAAGCAAGCAAUCUCAAACAGGUCAUUGUUGCUAGAUUAGCCCAGCAGUCUACAGUGUGUCUUUACUCCUGAUUGUGUCCCUGAUUGUGUGUGUGUGUCCAGGAGGGUUCUAUGGACAGUCUGUAUGAGGCUGUGCAGGACUCCAGUGAUGCCCAGGUCUACACCAUCCCCUGCCGUUCCUCCAGCCGCUCCUGUAGCCCCUCGCCGUGCUGCUGGAUGAAAACCCCAAGUCGCGCGGCUCGGGACGAUCCAUCUCCAUGGUAAUUACACACACACACACACACAUACAUACAUAUGCAUUAUGCACACGUGUGCACAAACGCAUGAAUAUAUCUAUGCAAAUGCAUGCAUUCGCACAUGCACGCACACACACACACACACACACACACACACAUACAUACAUACGCACAUACACACACAAACACACACACACCUUGUACCCUUAGAGUUUUCAUGGGGAAGUCAAUUUUCCAGAAUUAAGAUCUUGACCUUGAAUAGACCAAAUGCUAAAAGCUGUAGCUCCUCUUCUCUGUGCACCCAACAUACUCACUGAUAAGCGCAUUCAUGGCAGGAAAUUGUCAACUGUAUAGUGUAUCAUUUAUAUAAUGCCAUGCCAUGCCAUGUCAAGUUAGCCAUCUGGACAAACCAGAGCUAAAUCUUGUGGGUUCCUAUUCUCGCAGGAGUUGAAACUUGUGGUAUGCCAGAUGAUCAGAUUGGACCCAAACAAUAAAUCUGAUUAUUAAAUUAUGAUGAUGAAAACAAUCAAUUGACAGCUGGUCCUAAAGUCAUAACCAUCAGCCGUCCAAUCCAUUCUGUUCUGCUAAGAUAACAUGGACAUCACAACCAAUAAUAUUGUCAUGUUAAUGCAAACUUUUUCAUGACAAUAGGCAAACUCUUCCACAUACAGUGUAAGCAUGUAGAAUCAAAGAUUGAUAAUGUUCUCUUUUGCUUUCAGGAGAUCUCCCAAAUGCAGAACAACAACACUAAAAAGAAGAAAAGAAGGUGAGUUUAUGUCAUACUUUCCUCAGAUCUGUUUCUAUUGACAGUGUGCGUGCAGGGCAGUAUAUCCAUAAUAAAAAGCGCAGUGAAAGUGGAGCAGCCCUGAGAUCAGCCUUUAGUCAGUAGAGUAAAAUGCCUCCGAAGGCGCUCUAUCCUCCCAAGGGAUAAUACUUUAAGUCGCAACUCUUUACCAAGCUUCCUGCCCCUAUGUAGAUUUCACACUGUAAGCCCCCCAAGCAUCUGUCUAUUUAUACAAUGCUCUCUAAAGCAAAGGAUUGGGAAGGAAGGAACAUCACAAUCCAAAUCAAUUACACACAGGAAAAUGUAAUUUUCAUUUCGGUGUCACUUGUCAAACCAAUCUUAUGUGAUCAGAUGUAGAGGAGCCCCUGUUAUGUUGGUUGCCAAGAAAGCAGGAGGAGCAUGGUUCUGUGCUAGUUUGAGUAAGUGGAUUCAAGCCCAUCCACGUACUGUACAGGUCUCAGUCAACACCUUUGGCUUUUCUAAUUGAUGUCCCACUUCAAAAGCUACACAAGCAGCGCUUAAGAGCAAUCUCAAUGACCUUUCUGGUUUUAGACAGUUAUAAACUGCAAAGAAAAAUGUUGAACCACAACAACUUACAUGAUUGAACUAUAUGGGAAUUCUCUCUCACUUGAAGACAUACCAGGACUUUCUUUAAAUACAUCUAUAGCAGUAGACCACAAUAUGGCUCACAGUCCCUUGUUAAUACAAUUGUGUUGUUAGACUGGGGAUUAAAACAAUAUCCACUUAAGAUGUAGUCAGAUCUACUGCAAAGAUCCCUGGGACUUUCUGUCUUAAGUGCACAGUAUCCCUUUGGGUCAAUCAGGCUGUUGAAAUGGCAGAUUGUGGCUUUAAUCCUGACAUUUUUCUGCCCUUUUAUUUCAGAACACAUGUAUCCAAAUCAGCAUCAGAAAACGGAACUUUAGGUAUGUAUAAUAAAGGUCUGCUUGCGUGGUGUACUUGAUGAAAAGUACUUGCCAGGCAGAUCUUUUUCAAGACUAAAUGAUACACUAUACCAGUAAGAACAAAAAAUAUACUUGUAUUAAUUUUUUUUUACCCUUAUUUACCUGGUAAGUUGACUGAGAACACAUUCUAAUUUACAGCAACGACCUAGGGAAUAGUUACAGGGGAGAGGAGGGGGAAUGAAAUGAGCCAAUAGGAGGCUGGGGAUGAUUCGUGGCCAUGAUGGUAUGAGGGCCAGAUUGGGAAUUUAGCCAGGACACCGGGGUUAACACCCCUACUCUUACAAUAAGUGCCAUGGGAUCUUUAGUGACCACAGAUAGUCAGGACACCUGUUUAACGUCCCAUCCAAAAUACGAUCAAUCAACAGUUUAGCAUUAGCCAGACACACAUUUUCAACCAAAUAGUCAAACCUGAGCAAUGCACAGACAAACAGUUAAAUUGCCAAGAGAGCAUUGCAUCAAAACCUCUCUGGAUUUUUUGUGCUGAAUGAGGUAAAAAGAUAAUUGGCACUUGUCCCAGGAGUCUACUACAGUAUUUAAAAAAAUAUAUGUUUUGCCAGCCACGGUAACCUACUUGGCUGUCUGUGGUACUUAGGGCCUCCAUUUUGUUUUCACUGUGGCCUGCCCUGACCUUGGUCAGCCAAAUAAACCCUUAACGGUUUUGAUUUCUCUCCCUGCAGAUCACACAGCUGCCGGCUGCAAUACUGCUCUCUGGCUGCCCGCCAAAGUCUCUCCAGAAGAUGAUUUAGAUUUUGUCCACAUCAAGAACAAUCAAAACGAAGGUAAAUUGUCUGGUGAAUUUGAGGUUAAGCUGAUCUAUUCACUUGCGUUCAUCUGGACACUCCACCACAUGGGAUCUGGCUGUGGCGUCACUUGAGUGUAGCCUACAGUUUUCAAGUGUCUGAUGAGAUUCCCAUAGCACCCAAAUCCCUCUUACGGAGAGUGUUGUGCAGACUGGAGCUUUUCUUAACACACUUGGCUGUCAGGCCUUGGAUGAAUUAAGUGCCAACAGGAUAUUAGUGUCGUAAUACUGGGGGCGACGCAGGGCAUGUGUAAUUUAGUCAGUGUACUACAGUACAUGAGGUUGUGGUGGGGGCAUUGCAUUAGUGUGUAGUACAUGAGACACAGGGUAGACUUCACUGCAUAGUACUGAAACUGAAUUUGAUUAUGAAUGGAUACAAGAGAUUAUAUCUCAGAAUAAAAGUCCCAAUCACAGUGCUGUAUUGGAACAUUACAUUUCAGGGUUUAGGAGUUUAGAGAGAUUUCUGACUUGUGUGACUCUGUUGUUCAGAGCUGGUCAAUCCCAUGCUCAGAACUGAGGUCCAGGCCAAAGCCACAAUCAGAACCGAUGUCAAGACCAAAGGGGGAAGAGGAGUAUGCAAGUCGAGAAUAAAGAAGAAUGAAAAGCCACCAACCCCACCAAUACCACCAACUCAGGUUGGGAAAAAGAACUGUCCUUAAUUUUGUCCAGUACCAUGAGCGUAUACAAAUUAUUUAUAAUUUACAUAUUUAUAUUUUCCCCCAUCAAUUUUUUCCAAAACUUGAUUGAAUUAAUAAAUAGUUUCUUUCUGUUGUUGUACACAGAUGGUGAGUUACGAGGGGUGGGCUCAGAACCCAGACAGGCCCAACAGCAGGCAGAGAGACCUGGUGAGUGAUCGGCCCAGCAGCAGACCCCAUGCUGCCCAUCCCAUGCCAGCCCAGAGUCUUACAGUCUUAUAAUGGGAUGGCGGUCUGCCUGUUUUCACAUCCAAAGAGCCUCUUGGCCUUAAAUUGGGCAAUCACUUAACACAAAUGCUGAUUGAGUUUUAAUACUGUACAGAUGGCUCAGCUGGGAGAUGGGUACCACUAUGCCCCCAUAAUCUCUGGGCCACAUGGCAAAGAGGAGUGGGUUGUUGGGGUGGCACCAGGGGAGUGCCAAGGGAGUGCCUACUCUCACUAAUUCCCGGUGAGGACCAGACAUGGUAUUGCUUGCCAAUAGUGUGGGAGUGGAUCCACAUUUGGGCUCUCAGAGCCUCUCUCAGUCCCUGUGUUGGCAGCUUGGCACAGAGGCUAACAAGACUAGUGCAGUGUGCUGAUAUCCUAAAAUGCGAUUUGGACACCAGUAGUGCCAGCAUCUCACCCAGAGAAAAUGCCUAGCUGUUCAUAAUACUAACCCGUAAAACCACCAUAAUGACACAACCGAGGUUUUUGAACCUGACAAUAGCUAGGUUUCCAUCCAAUUGGUGACAGAUUUUCACGCAAAUAGGCUACUCUAGAAUCCGCAUAAAGAAAACAUGUGGAUUUUUCCACCAGUGGUGUUUCCACCAAAUUGACUUUUUGCAGAGAUAAAAAUCAGUGCGUGAUGACGUAUUGCACACAAAAUGUAAUUUUCCUCUUAAGUUUUCAUGUACCGAAUAAAAGUCUAAAGUUCAAAAUGUUUCCAUCGCAUUUUCAACUCUAUGGAUCGUUUUGUCACAAAAGCUGUUGCAUUAACCCUCCCGUUGUCCUAGGGUCAAAAUGACCCGCCACUGUGUUGAACCAACUUUAUUUAAUUUUUAUAUUUUUUGGAUCAUUUGUGAGAAGGAGGCAGUGAUACUUUCUUUAAAGUCUCACUGCCUCCUUCUCACAAAUUAUCCCAAAAAUAUAAAAAAUUAAAUAAAGUUGGUUCAACACAGUGGCGGGUCAUUUUGACCCUAGGACAACGGGAGGGUUAAAUAGCAAAUGUGCCUACUAUGGACUUGGCACGUGCGCUCUAGCCAACAGCUCGCAGAUACAGUGUGGGUAGGCUGUAUGGGUAUAGUCUACACUACAUCAUUGGUUCCCAAAUAUUUGUUGUUGUUGUAGGAACUCAGUCCGAUUUUCAACUUACUCUUGAUAGUUGUAAAAGUAGAAUGCACAACGUGCAAUUUCGAAAUUGGGUAGUGCAUCAGCAGUUUUCCUUGUGUUAUGUCAGUCAUUGCAUACCUUGGAGAACUAUUUAUAACUUGUCAGAAAUGUCGAGAUCAACUAGCCCAUGUCAGCUAACUUUUUUACCUAGGUUUUUUAGCCCAUAGAUUUUGUUACUCAAAUAUCACAUGAAUAAACAUUUGACAUGGCAAAAUGUACAGAAUACUUGCAAGAAAACUAGCUUUAAAACGGCAAAAUAUUCUCUGCACCCAUGACUAAAUGUGUAGAAUUGCAGGAAAUAAGCUUUAAACCUGCAACAUUUUAUCUCCACCAACAAUAGGGGUGUGAACAGUUUGUGUUAUGAACAGUGCUUGUGCCGAUAGAAAUAGACGUGGGAGGCACGGGAUGUUCCCCAACGCUGGAAGAGGGGCCUGAGUGAAAAAGUUAGGAAACCCCUGGUCUACAUGAUGAAAUUAUUAUUGAUAAGAGCGAAAAUAUUUGUAUUUGUCAAACGGCUGUCAAGCGUCGAUCAUCAUGUCACCAGAAUAAGACCCUCGAUAUUUAUUGGAAAGGAGCAUCAAGAUCACAGUGCCCUUACCACCCUCUGAUGUUCAUCAAACUUAUUUGAUCUGUAGCCUAAUAAACUGCAUGAUUUCCCGAGUCGUAGUGGGAUGAGGACCACACACCAUAUCAUCGCGUUACUCCAAGUUUACUUAGAUAUGAUGGUUAUUAUAUCAAUAUUUGCGCAUAAAGGCGUUUCCACCGCCAUUUCUGGGAUAAUUAAUUUUACCGACACAAAAAGAUCCCGCCAUGUCGAACGAACAAAUUAUCUGUCGGCAUUUAUAAAAUUGUACGGAAGCUUCCUGUUUCCAUCACAGUUGUCAUAUUAUUCUUAUUUUUUAUUUGAUGACUUUAGUCGGAUAAAAACUGUGGAUGGAAACGUGGUUAUUGACAACCUCCAAAACGGACAUGUUUUUAUUAUGUGUUUGAUUUUUGCUACACUCCAGAUUGUCCAUGCCAACCGGGAAGUAGCCAAGCCCAGAGUGCCAAUCAAAAGGAGUCCAAAGCCUGGGAAUCAAAAGACUGGGAGUCAGAAGACUUGGAAGAAAGGGAGCGCAAAAAAUGGAAAAGAAGGGGCCAAGAAAAAUCAGGACACCACACGGAAUAAGGAACUCAGAAAAUCUCCCACAGACAAUGACACUUAUGGUAUGUCUCCUUGGUCAUAUUGACAUAGAAAGUAACAACAUGACAAAGCAUGACAAAACAUAAGUGUUCUAUACAAUUUUGAUGAAUGUCCAUAUUUGUCAGAUGUUCAUUUCUGUACCCUUCUUCUCCGGUCACCACCCAGCAGGGCCCAUACCAGUGAUAGCAGGACCCUAUCUCGAUGUGGUCCGGAGGUCAGCUCCUGGUUGUGAGUCUGUACUACCAUCAGCCCAGGAGAAUGCUACCCUAGCCCCGGGGGCCACGGAGCUGAGGACCGGGCCUGGAGGCCCUGGAGCUCAUCCUAGGAACCAGCGCUGGAGUAACCCAGCUGAGAACGCUCAGGCCUGGGGGACGUCCUACCACAUCUGCCGCAGGCCCCUCACAGAGUACCCCGUUUAUGCCCAUGACUACACCCUGCCCCGGGCCAAGGACUGGGACAAGCACCAGGGGCUGGCCCAAUAUGGAAGCCUGAAACGGGACCCCUCGCCCCAGGGUGUCCCCAUCUCUGUUACUGAUGGGGACCUCUGCAACCCCAAUGUGAGUUAAUGAAAAAAAAAAAAACAUAACCAUCUGUUAAAGUAGAUUAUAGUAGAUUAUAUAGUAGAUCUGUUAUAGUAGAUUGGGCAUUUUGUGGAAAUUGUUGUUCAAAUCUAUACCCUACUUCAAAUGCCUUGGAACCAACCAAUCAUAGCAUUCCAUUGAAAUAGAUGAUCUGGUCUUAUUUUAACCCAUAGCAAAUGACUGCUAAAAAAAACGACGGUUUGGGUAAACAAACACUAGGAAAGAGGAUGUGCUCAUAUUCACUCAUUGAGAUAUUUCUAUACAUGCAGUAUACUGUAUCAAAUCUGAAAUUCAGUGAGCACAUGCUCUGAGUGCUUUGUGUGAGACAAAGCUGUUGUUUGGGGUUUACGUGACAUUGGGGCAGAUUAUUUCAGAUUACUCCAGUGUUGUGAUUGCGUAGGCUCCUAUAGAUUUAUAUUUUCCUUUGAUUCCUGGAGAGGGAUCAACACCCACUGGUUAAAGGCCAUUGAAGGCAAAACUAGGAAAAAGGAGUGGCUAGUGUUUGGACAAAUGUUUAUCUUCAGGAAUCCAUAAUAUGGCUAUUUCAGAUUUUUCUUUCUAAUAAACAGGGUUAUAAAAUAUAAAACAGGGCCAUGUCUAUAAAUAUAGGAUAAUACUGUAUCUGCCAACAGCAUCAACAGAAAAAAUAAGUAUUCCUAAUGUAUCAGUAGGAGUGUUUAGGGUGUUCAAUUCUAAAUCAAUAUAAAUGUAGUCCUCUGUAGCUCAGCUGGUAGAGCACGGCGCUUGUAACACCAAGGUAGUGGGUUCGAUCCCCGGGACCACCCAUACACGAAAAAAUUUAUGCACGCAUGACUGUAAGUCGCUUUGGAUAAAAGCGUCUGCUAAAUGGCAUAUUAUUAUAUUAUUAUAAAUGUGUGUACUAUAAGUACAUUUCCACUGCAUGCUACCCUCUAGUGACUUCAUGUAGGAAGAAAAUCAUUUCAUGCAACAUUUUAGAACAAUACCAAUCCUCCUCACAUGAAAAACUGCUGAGUAUUUCCAAGGGUCUGCCUGCAGGGUCUGAAGAAAUAGAUUAGAAACUGUAAUCCUGGAUUGAGACAAGCAUGCCUGAUUACAAGCAGUGUGGGAUUAGGAAAUGUUAUUGUCCAUAGCCUUUUCUCUUAUUUUCCAUUGGUCGAUUGUAGCUCAGCAAUGUAAGCAUUUAAUUUAAUCCCCUCCCUAUAAAGUCAGAGGACUGAUUAUACACACAUAGGACCAUGACAUGCAAAGAGUUAAACCGCUGCCAUUACAACCUCUGCAUGAACUCACUAUUCUAUUUGUUUCUGAUGUGUAUUUUAACAUUAUUUGUGAGGACAAUGUUUGUUUGCUCCUCUUUGAUGACUUUGUAUAAGGCAACAGGAUCCUCUCCAAGCUGAGGCUUACGCUCUUAGAAAAAAUGGUUCCGAAAGGGUUCUUCGGCUGUCCCCGUAGGAGAACCCUUUUUGGUUCCAGGUAGAACUCUUUUGGGUUCCACGUAGAACCCUCUGUGGAAAGGGUUUAACAUGGAACCCAAAGGGGUUCUACCUGGAACCAAAAAUAGUUAUUCAAAGGGUUCUCCUAUGGGGACAGACGAAGAACCCUUUUAGGUUCUAGAUAGCAGCUUUUUUUCUAAGUGUAUAAGUAAUGACGAGAAUGACUAAUGGUUUGGAGCAUUCCAAUGCAAGGAAGAAGUCAUGUAGAACAGCCUGCUGUGACCUAAUAACCCACAUACUAGCUUGCUAAAAUGUUAUAAACCACAGUAUGAAUUAAAUGGGUAAUUGAUUCUGACUGAUUCCAUCAUUCUUUUAUGGGCAACUUUUAUCUUAGCAUAGCAAUUUAUAUAGCCUAAUGUAAGAUAAUCACAGCAUGUUUGAUUUAAUGUGGCAGUAAAUAACAUUUAAUGUGUAAAAUGUAUUAUCAAGUAGAUCAAAAAGAGCUUGUUUUAGUAAAAUGUCCAUACUGAGUGCAAAUGUUCAAACAGAAACUGUUUCGACAUCAAAGUUGCCAUCUUCCUGUGUUUGCAGUUCAUAGCCUCAACACUUCCUCAAAACAUUCACCCGAGAUUUUGACAUUUGAGCAAAGAAAAGAUCAACCUUGACAGUAUAAUUUAGGAUAAUUCUAUUUCCUGCUUUUUUCUUACUGGAAUGUUUUGUGUGAAAGAACUUUGGAAAGCACUGAACCCAAAUAACAGUCAUUGAUGAAAUAAUGAACAUUGUGCCAUCUGGGAUUGCUUAAUAUAAGGAAUUUGAAAUGAUGUAUUCUUUUUAUUUUACUUUUAAUACUUAAGUAUAUAUUUUAGCAAUUACUUUUACACUUUUACUCAAGUGGUAUUCUACUGGGUGACUUUCACUUUUACUUGAGUAAUUUUCUAUUAAGGUAUCUUUACUAAGUAUGACAAUUGGGUACUUUUUCCACCACUUCCUACACACAAUACCCUAUAACGUCAAAGUGGAUUAUGUUUUUAGAAAAUUUUACAAAGUAAUUAAAAUGAAAAGCUGAAAUGUCUUGAGUCAAUAAGUAUUCAACCCCUUUGUUAUGGCAAGCCUAAAUAAGUUCAGGAGUAAAAAUGUGCUUAGCAAGUCACAUAAUAAGUGUGUGCAAUAACAGUGUUUAACAUGAUUUUUGAAUGAUUACCUCAUCUCUGGAUGGUGUAUCAAUACACCCAGUCACUACAAAGAUACAGGCGUCCUUCCUAACUGCCGGAGAAGAAGGAAACAGCUCAGGGAUUUCACCAUGAGGCCAAUGGUGACUUUAAAACAAUUACAGAGUUUAAUGGCUGUGAUAAAACAAAACUGAAGAUGGAUCAGCAACAUUGUAGUUACUAACCUAAAUGAUAGCGUAAAAGGAAGGAAGCCUGUACAGAAUAAAAAUAUUCCAAAACAUGCAUCCUGUUUGCAAUAAGGCACUAAAGUAAAACUGCAAAAAAUGUGGCAAAGAAAUUAACUUCAUGUCCUUAAUACAAAGCGUUAUGUUUGGGGCAAAUCCAACACAUCACUGAGUACCACUCUUCAUAUUUUCAAGCAUGGUAGUGGCUGCAUCAUGUUAUGGGUAUGCUUUUAAUCGGUAAGGAGUAGGGAGUUUUUAGGAUAAAAUAAACGGAAUAGAACUAAGCACGGGCAAAAUCCUAGAGGAACACCUGGUUCAGUCUGAUUUCCAACAGACACUGGGAGACAAAUUCACCUUUCAGCAGGAUAAUAACCUAAAACACAAGGCCAAAUAUACACUGGAGUUGCUUACCAAGAUGACAUUGAACGUUCCUGAGUGGCCUAGUUAGAGUUUUGACUUACAUCGGCUUUAAAAUCUAUGGCAAGGCUGUCUAGCAAUGAUCAACAACCAACUUGACAGAGCUUGAAGAAUUUUAAAAAUAAUAAUGUCAAAAUAUUGUACAAUCCAGGUGUGCAAAGCUCUUAGAGAUUUACCCAGAAAGACUCACAGCUCUAAUCACUGCCAAAGGUGAUUCUAACAUGUAUUGACACAGGGGUGUGAAUACUUAUGUAAAUUAGAUAUUUAUGUGUUUCAUUUUCAAUAAAUUAGCAAAAAUGUCCUAAAAUGUUUUUUUCACUUUGUCAUUGUGGGGUAUUGUGUGUAGAUGGGUGAGAUUUUUAUUUUUUAUUCAAUUUUGAAUUCAGGCUGUAACACAACAACAUGUGGAAUAAGUCAAGGAGUAUGAAUACUUUCUGAAGGCACUGUAUAGCCUAUGCCAGGUGUGAGUUAUGCGACAAAUGUAGCCCAACCACAAAUGGUAACUAGGUUCCAAAAUUAUAUGACCUUCAUCACAGUGUUCCUAGAAAUGAAAAUGUUUUCAGAGGGAGACCACAAAGUGCUCAUCUAGCAGAAUGUGUUUUUUCCCCUUCUGAAACCGAUACCGUGGUAAAGAAUGUUGAUUGCCUCAUGUGUCACAUCCUGUCAUCUUGAGGAAGCCAAGCAUUCUUUCUGGGUUAGUUUAGUGCAGUUACUACCAUCAGAGUUGGUCAGAGUACAGAUAGGCUUCUUUAAGAUUUCAUUAGACUGAACUCUAAAACCAACCAACAUCAACACAAAAUGCUACAGAGGGCAGCCUCAAAUGUUUCAGACAAACCAAAGCUCAGUAAACCAAAGGUAGGUGGAAACAAAUUAUUUCUAAGUAGCACGUUUAAAUACAUUGAAUUGAUAACUAACUGUUUAGUGCUAACUACCUACAAUAGUUAGCACUAAAAUGUGAUUCUAACUAAAAGAAGAAGCAAUGUCUUUGACUGAUGAGCAGUUGAAAGAAGAUAUUGGUCAUCUGUGUGGAAGUGCAGCAGAUAUAUGGUCAAAGUUGUGAGGAGGGGGAGGGUCCGUCAAAUUACUCAAAAGGUUCACUAGAUUGCUGCAGAGUGUGUGGUCCUGGUAUUUAAUAGGGAUUUACUGGGAUUAUUCAUUUAUAUAAUUAUUUUGGUGUUCUGAUGUGGAGAUACUGGCAUUUGGACAGAUUAUAAAUACUUUUAGGUUUAUGAAAAAUUUGAAUAAUCUAUUAACUGUACCUCACAAGCACAUCAUGAUAGAGAUACACGCAUAGUGCAAAUGAGAUUGAGUUCAAGUAGCCUCACGUGCCAGACUUCUAGGCUCAACACACAUUGCGCAAGACAAUGGCACAGUAUUACUGUAAAUCAAGGGAGUAGGAGAACAUAAUUCAUUACCACUGAAUUGGUCCCUCAUUAGCAUAAUAUGAAACGUAAAAGGAAAAUAAAUAAUCAAAAACCCAUAGUGAUUAGGUGGGAUUGGUGUGCAACAUGUAUUGCAUAAUGUUCCAGAUUGGGUCCUGACUCCUGCUGCCACUGUGGUAAACACAUAUUCAAUCUGUCAUCUGUGAUCUCUCCAUGCAGCGCUCCACCAGUUUUGGACGAUUUGACGGCAUCAGACAACCAUCACCAGCCAGACUAGAGGAAAAUGUAACAUCAGUGGCAGAGGAGUCUGGAUGUGAGGGUUCUGAUCAGACCAAACAAGGCAGCCUGGGGAAGAAGAUGAAGGCCAUCUCUCUGACCAUGCGCAGGAAGAUGGGCAAGAAGCACUCCAAAACCUUCUCUGCGGAAGCUGUGAGUCACACUAAAGACUGCCUCUUCCUCAUCCUACACAAUACUAAGUAUUUUGCGUAGUCUAUUAAAACAUCUAGAGGCUCUUAAAAGAUUGUAUCUUUCCUCUCUGACUGGCUAUGACCCACAUCCUCAAAUGCAACAUUGUGACAUCUACCUAUGUCAUAAGAAUACUCUUGUAAAAUACACUAUAUAUAUAUAUAUCAUUUAGCAGACACUCUUAUCCAGAGCGACUUACAGUUAGUGAGUGCAUACAUUUUCAUACUGGUCCCCCGUGGGAAUUGAACCCACAACCCUGGCGUUGCAAACAGCAUGCUCUACCAACUGAGCUACAUACAAAAGUAUGUGGACACCCCUUCAAAUUAGUGGAUUCGGCUAUUUCAACCCCACCCGUUGCUGACAGGUGUAUAAAAUCGAGCGCACAGCCAUGCAAUCUCCAUAGACAAACAUUUGCAGUAGAAUGGCCUUACUGAAGAGCUCAGUGACUUUCAACGUGGCAACGACAUAGGAUGCCACCUUUCCAACAAGUCAGUUACUCACAUUUAUGCCCUGCUAGAGCUGCCCCGGUCAACUGUAAGUGCUGUUAUUGUGAAGUGGAAAGAUCUAGGAGCAACAACGGCUCAGCUACGAAGUGGUAGGCCACACAAGCUCACAGAAUGGGACCGCCAAGUGCUGAAGCGCGUAGUUCGUAAAAAUCGUCUGUCCUCAGUUGCAACACUCACUACCGAGUUCCAAACUGCCUCUGGAAGCAACGUCAGCACAAUAACUGUUUGUUGGAAGCUUCAUGAAAUGUGUUUCCAUAGCCGAGCAGCUGCACACAAGCCUAAGGCCACCAUGCGCAAUGCCAAUCGUCGGCUGGAGUGGUGUAAAGCUCGCCACCAUUGGACUCUGGAGCAGUGGAAACGUCUUCUCUGGAGUGAUGAAUCACGCUUCACCAUCUGGCAGUCCGAUGGACGAAUCUGGGUUUGACGGAUGCCAGGACAACGCUACCUGCCCCAAUGCAUAGUGCCAACUGUAAAGUUUGGUGGAGGAGGAAUAAUGGUCUGGGGAUGUUUUUCAUGGUUCGGGCUAGGCCCCUUAGUUCCAGUGAAGGGAAAUCUUAACGCUACAUUCUAGACGAUUCUGUGCUUCCAACUUUGUGGCAACAGUUUGGGGAAGGCCCUUUCCUGUUUCAGCAUGACAAUGCCCCCGUGCACAAAGCAAGGUCAAUACAGAAAUCAUUUGUCGAGAUUGGUGUGGAAGAACUUGACUGGCCUGUACAGAGCCCUGACCUCAACCCCAUCGAACACCUUUGGGAUGAAUUGGAACGCCGACUCUGAGCCAGGCCUAAUCGCCCAACAUCAGUGCCCGACCUCACUAAUGCUCUUGUGGCUGAAUGGAAGUACAGUGAGGGAAAAAAGUAUUUCAUCCCCUGCUGAUUUUGUACGUUUGCCCACUGACAAAUAAAUUAUCAGUCUAUAAUUUUAAUGGUAGGUUUAUUUGAACAGUGAGAGACAGAAUAACAACAACAAAAUCCAGAAAAACGCAUGUCAAAAAUUUUAUAAAUUGAUUUGCAUUUUAAUGAGGGAAAUAAGUAUUUGACCCCCUCUCAAUCAGAAAGAUUUCUGGCUCCCAGGUGUCUUUUAUACAGGUAACGAGCUGAGAUUAGGAGCACACUCUUAAAGGGAGUGCUCCUACUCUCAAUUUGUUACCUGUAUAAAAGACACCUGUCCACAGAAGGAAUCAAUCAAUCAGAUUCCAAACUCUCCACCAUGGCCAAGACCAAAGAGCUCUCCAAGGAUGUCAGGGACAAGAUUGUAGACCUACACAAGGCUGGAAUGGGCUACAAGACCAUCGCCAAGCAGCUUGGUGAGAAGGUGACAACAGUUGGUGCGAUUAUUCACAAAUGGAAGAAACACAAAAGAACUGUCAAUCUCCCUCGGCCUUGGGCUCCAUGCAAGAUCUCACCUCUUGGAGUUGCAAUGAUCAUGAGAACGGUGAGGAAUCAGCCCAGAACUACACGGGAGGAUCUUGUCAAUGAUCUCAAGGCAGCUGGGACCAUAGUCACUAAGAAAACAAUUGGUAACACACUACGCCGUGAAGGACUGAAAUUCUGCAGCGCCCACAAGGUCCCCCUGCUCAAGAAAGCACAUAUACAGGGCUGUCUGAAGUUUGCCAAUGAACAUCUGAAUGAUUCAGAGGAGAACUGGGUGAAAGUGUUGUGGUCAGAUGAGACCAAAAUCGAGCUCUUUGGCAUCAACUCAACUCGCCGUGUUUGGAGGAGGAGGAAUGCUGCCUAUGACCCCAAGAACACCAUCCCCACCGUCAAACAUGGAGGUGGAAACAUUAUGCUUUGGGGGUGUUUUUCUACUAAGGGGACAGGACAACAUGUACCGUCAAAUCUUGGGUGAGAACCUCCUUCCCUCAGCCAGGGCAUUGAAAAUGGGUCGUGGAUGGGUAUUCCAGCAUGACAAUGACCCAAAACACACGGCCAAGGCAACAAAGGAGUGGCUCAAGAAGAAGCACAUUAAGGUCCUGGAGUGGCCUAGCCAGUCUCCAGACCUUAAUCCCAUAGAAAAUCUGUGGAGGGAGCUGACGGUUCGAGUUGCCAAACGUCAGCCUCAAAACCUUAAUGACUUGGAGAAGAUCUGCAAAGUGGAGUGGAACAAAAUCCCUCCUGAGAUGUGUGCAAACCUGGUGGCCAACUACAAGAAACGUCUGACCUCUGUGAUUGCCAACAAGGGUUUUGCCACCAAGUACUAAGUCAUGUUUUGCAGAGGGGUCAAAUACUUAUUUCCCUCAUUAAGAUGCAAAUCAAUUUAUAACAUUUUUGACAUUAUUUUUUGUUGUUAUUCUGUCUCUCACUGUUCAAAUAAACCUACCAUUAAAAUUAUAGACUGCUCAUGUCUUUGUCAGUGGGCAAACGUACAAAAUCAGCAGGGGAUCAAAUACUUUUUUCCCUCACUGUAAGUCCACGCAUUAAUGUUCCAACAUCUAGUGGAAAGCCUUCCCAGAAGAGUGGAAGCUGUUAUAGCAGCAAAGGGGGGGACCAGCUCCAUAUUAAUGCCCAUGAUUCUGGAAUGAGAUGUUCGACGAGAAGGUGUCCACAUACUUUUGGUCAUGUAGUGUAAGUCUGUCCAAGCAAGACUCAAUUUGUGUUGAAAUUAGGUCUAAGUGACAAAAUAGUAUCCAACAACCUAGUCAGUAUUUGGAAGUGGCCAUGUUGAAUUGUUAACUUAAUGACACUUCCUUCCUUAUAUAAAUGGCACAGUUAUUUAUAUAGCAAGGAAUCAACCCUAAGAUGAUUUGGCUGACUCACAUAGCGGCUUGUCCAUCUUGUAUUUUCCCAUGCAGGGUGAGGACACUGACAGGGACCUAGAAGAGGAAAAAGAGAGAGGUCAUCCUUUAGAGAAAGGUCCUGAAAAGACCAGCAACUCUCUGGAGAGCCUCUACAGCGGACAGAGUUCCUCCAGUAAGUCCUCUCCACAGGGAUGUCAACAGAAAGUCAUGUCUCUCCUCAUACAAUUCUGUAUAUGAAGAUACAUGUUUGUAAAUGAAGAAUAAGCUAAUGUGAUGUGUUUUCAUGAGUUUAAUUUUACCAUUGAAUUACCAUAUUAUUACCAUUUAUAUUACAGUAUUAUCAUAGGCUUGUAACCUUCCCUCCGACACAAGGAUACACGCAAACACUCUUCUUUGUCCAGGGGUAAAUCUGUGCAGUGUAAUCAUACUGUGAUGUCUUGUCCCCUGUUGGCUCAGGUGGUGUGGCCAGUGUCUCAGAUGGCUCCAGUACCAGAGACAGUCUGAGACUAGAAGAGGACGGCUCCUACAACGGACACUUCUGUGGUAGAGCACGCGUCCACACAGACUUUGUUCCCAGCCCAUAUGAUACUGACUCCAUCAAACUCAAGGUAGACAGAAGAUAAUGCUUCUAGAUUGGGGUAAUGUGAAAUGCCAUGAAAGCUGUUUGUAAAAGCUGUUUCAUGAAUCUAAAUGUAUGAGUCUAAUCUCUUGAUGUCUCUUCCCAGGUUGGAGACAUUAUCAGCAUCAUCAGUAAACCUCCCAUGGGCAUCUGGACGGGGAUGCUGAACAACAAAGUGGGCAACUUCAAGUUCAUCUACGUUGACGUGGUCAUGGAGAAAGAGAGAGAGGAGGAGGCGCCAAAGAUCAGGCCUCAGAGGAUGAGCAAGAGACCACGACCAAAGACACUACUGGAACUACUGGAGCGUCUUCAUCUAGAGGUGAGUGCUCGGAGGUCAUGGCUAGAAGGGAUCCAGCUUUUGUCCAAUUAACUUCCGUUUUCACUUUUCGUAGCAGGUUAGGAGAAUUAACGUAGAAGGUUAGAAGAAUUAGGUUAAGGUUAGGAAAAGGGUUAGGGUUAGCUAAAAUGCAAAAAAAAAAACGUAUUUUGACUUAAUUUUGACAAAAGCUGGAUACCUUCUAGCCAUAGUCAUGCUCUGACCCUGUUAAAAUGACUGCCAAAUACGGCCACAUUUUUUUAUUUCCUCUUUACAGUAACCAAUCAAUCCAUGACAUGAAACCUACACUGGGAAAACAAUGUAAAGUGUCCCACAACACUAACAUACACACAGUAUUGAGAACAGUGUUGUCUCAAUUACCCAACCAUUUAAAAAAAAAAUGCAUAAACAUAACCUAAACCACUCAAAGGUGAACAAAUUAGUAUAAGAUUAUGAAAGGUAGAUGAGAUGACAUUGACAAUGGAACUAUAUCUUGUUUAUUCCAGGAGUAUGCAUCUGCACUGCUUCUGAAUGGCUACCAGACAGUAGAGGACCUGAGGCACCUGCAGGAGAAACACCUUAUAGAGCUGAACGUGAUGAAUCCAGAACACAGAGGCAGGCUGCUGGCUGCUGUCAACUGCAGAUAUACAGAGAGUGAGUAGAAAAAACUAUUUCUACUGUAGCCUAGCCCUACUGUAUUUCUACUGGGGAAAAGGGAAUGGCCAAUUGUACCAAAUACAUUUUGUGCUGCGCAGCACUACGCUCAAAUCAAAUCAAAUUGUAUUUGUCACAUACACAUGUUUAGCAGAUGUUAUUGCGGGUGUAACGAAAUGCUUGUAAAGGAACAUCUUGAUAUUUGUAUGUUAUAAUAAGCAGAUGCUUAUCGCUGCUAUUAUUUAAGAAGUGCCCAUCAUGCUGAGUUGGCACCAGUCAGAGAGAAACUGCUUAAAGAGGCAAAAUGUCUUCCUCUAUUCUAAUCCUCUAUAAAACACUGCAAGGCUCUGAAACAUCAAAUGAAACAGAAAGAUUGUUCUCCAACCCGGAUUAAGAAAUGAACAAUACUAGCCAGUUUCUGUCAGCUGCUUACAAAACUGGAUGCGUUCAAUUAGCACAAAGGUUAUUAAUGUUUGUGUCCCCACAUAACACCAUUUAUGUUGGUCUAAAUUAAGGUCAUAAAUGUGUGUUUGGGCUAAUUUCGGACCAAACAGAUGGCACUGCCACCCUGGCUAAACCAGAUAUCGUGACUGGCUGUUGGCUAACCCAGGGAUGAAUCUAGUCAUUAAAUCAAGCUUAAUUCCAUUUGGAUGGUGUGAGAAUGGCAACCCUAAUUAAUUUAAAUUGACUUGGAUCGGGGCAGCCAACCUGGCAACCCGCAGGUGUCUGUCUGUGUCUGAGGAUCCAACCAACCAGACUGCUUUGUUCUUGUGUUCGCAGGCGAUGAUGUGAGGGAGAGUGAGGAGCCCUCUUCAUCACACAGCCUGAAGGAGGAGAAGAGCGACUGUCCCAGAGAUUCAGGUUGCUUUAUUCUAUCAGAGUGCUCUGAAAACAUCAAAGAGGACACAGAGAGCCAACCAGUCACACACUGAUAGGCUGCACUAUCCUAAUUAACAUACGGUUACCGGUACAAAGAGUUAGUUAACUAUUACGUUUUGACAUGUAAAUUACGAUGGCUCACCAUGUUUGUCUUGUCUGUAUUUGGUUUAACAAGAUGGGAUUUCAUUAAUUAAAUGUUAAAUGUAGGCUAUUUUUCUUAAAAUCAAUGAAUUUGUUCCUCCUUACAGGCCUUCAUUUAUGCACCUUUUUCUCUAACCUAUUCAUUCACAUAAAGCACAGGUGUCAAACUCAUUCCACGGAGGGCUGAGUAGCUGCGGGUUCUCGCUCCUCCCUUGUACUUGAUUGAUG